GGGCGCCGCCGCGGCCACGCCUCUGCCCGCUCCGGCGUCGCCCCUCGUUGCCUAGGCGACGGCGACGCGCGCAACCUAGCAGCGCCAUGCAGUACACGGGCAGCUACUACCGCGGGCAGCGUGUUAACGGCAGGUUGGAAGGGACGGGGACCUACACCCUCCCCACCGACACCAAGUAUGAGGGCGAGAUGAAGGACGGGAUGUUCCACGGGAAAGGAACUCUGUACUUCCCCAGCGGAAGCAAAUACGAAGGGACCUGGGACAAAGGUAUCUGCAUGGAGGGGAAGUACACCUUCUCUGAUGGUUUGGAAUACAAAGACAAUAAAUGGCAUUACUGCGACGGCUACGACCGAAGGUUUUACACGGAAAUCUGCAAUGGCCUGAAGCCAGCAGGGAUUUCCCAGCUGACCAACCUGGACCCGCCUCGGACCAUCCCCCCCGGCUGCUAUGACUGCGGAGACGGCUUCUACAACCCGAAGACUCGAGUGGUGGUGGAUUACCGGCACCGCUUCCUGAGAAACGCAGAUGAUGAUGAGCACGACUGGAUUGUGAAGACGUGCCGGAAAGGCUGGGACGAGUGCGUUGGCUUCAAGCCGAAGAAGUGAGCUCCAUUAAGGCCGACUUGGCCUCCCCCUGCCAAGGGAGCCCUGCCCGACAGACGGACGGCUUCCCUUUCAUCGGCGGUGGCAAUAAGUGGAAAUGGUGAGCCAAUCACCCGAGAUUACAGUCAGAUUCUCCCAAGAUGAACCGGUGGGCAAAGACCCCUCGGAAGCCCCAGACCACCCUUUGCCCUCUGGGUUCAUUGGCCUCUCCCCAGGAGAGAAGGAACCAGAUGUUGCCAUCUGCAUGGAGGACCCCAGGAAAAGAAGGGGAGCCGGGCUGAGGAACCAAGAACGGGGGAGGGGGGCGUUUUUCCCAAGCAAAGAAAAGGGAAUUCUUCUUCCUUGAUGUCAGUGCCCGCACCUUAACUUGACUUGACUUUAUUUAUUACACAAAUAAGACAUUUACAAAGCACGACAGUAAAAGGGAGCUAGUAAAACAAA